CAUCAAUUCUUAUAAGGCUAGAAUACCAAGUAGAGCUUUCAGAUUAUGAUUGGAUUAUUGCUAAAAGGCAUAAACUGAUUCUUUUAGUUUAUGCAAUAUUAGAUGUACAAGAAAGUAGAUAUAGACACACUAAUGUGGUAACAUACUUAGACCUAAUAUUUAUAAGAGUUUGUAGUAGUAAACAUGAUAGUAGUAUCACUUACUCUCAUGCCUGUAGUUUGCUGCUAACUAAUAGUGGUCCUGAUAAAAACCCUCGUUAUAAAAAAACAGUUCAGAUGAUGAUUGAGCAUUUUGAUACAUAUGAUUUUGAUACCAUUAUUGUGGCAUACUUUGCACCAUACCAGAAUGCACAGUUGAGAACAAAUAACAAAGAGUUAGAAAAAUGUAACUUUAAGGUAGCUGGAGAUGUUUUAGCAUCAAUAUAG